GGAGCUCCUCUGCGUUUUCGUUCCGGAACCCUAGAAUUUCCGCGUCGCCGUAAUUUUUCUGAAUUAUUGGGGUUGUUGUUUUCUGGGAAUUAGAGCAGUUGUUGGAGAGAAAGAUGUCAGGAUCCGAGACUGGAGUGAUGACCAGUAGAGAGCCGUUUCCCAGUCCUCUGCAGUCACUGCCUCCGUCACAGUCACAGGGCAUGCGCAUGGACUACACUUCUGCCACCAAUGCUAUUUACAAGCCUGUCACCGCCACCUCACCACCGCCUUACCCCGGUGCCGGAGCUGUUGCUGCUCCGGUAGCGGGGGACAGUUCAGCAGGUGCAGGUGGUGUGAUGCCAUCUGGGCAUAACAUGAACAUGGGUGGGGAGCCAAUGAAGAAAAAGAGAGGGAGGCCCAGGAAGUAUGGGCCAGAUGGCACUAUGGCAAUGACACUGUCACCUUCCCCACAGGCUGCUGCUGUCCCUGUUUCCCAGUCUGGUGGUGGCUUUUCUUCACCUCCGCCACCUCCACCUCCUGCUGCUACCGGAGGCGUCGCAUCACCCCCUACUUCCACCAAGAAAGCCAGAGGCAGACCACCUGGUUCUACCAAUACUAAGAAGCACCAAAUGGAAGCUUUAGGACCUGCAGGCAUGGGAUUUACACCACACAUCAUCACUGUUAAAGCCGGAGAGGAUAUAUCUUCAAAAAUAAUGUCAUUCUCUCAGAAUGGUCCUAGGGCUGUUUGUAUCUUGUCAGCAACUGGAGCGAUAUCAAACGUGACUCUUCGCCAACCAGCCACAUCUGGUGGAACUGUAACAUAUGAGGGGCGGUUUGAAAUUCUAUCACUUUGUGGCUCAUUUCUUCUAUCUGAAAAUAGUGGCCAGCGCAGCAGAACUGGAGGACUAAGUGUCUCAUUAUCUAGCUCAGAUGGUCGAGUUUUGGGUGGUUCUGUGGCAGGUCUUCUGACUGCUGCCUGUCCAGUUCAGGUUGUUGUUGGGAGCUUUGCUGCAGAUGGUCGUAAAGAACCAAAGACCGAAAUGAAAAGGGAGACUUCAUCUGCAGGACCACGGCUUGCAGCAGCUAGCGGGCCAAACGGGGUCAGUAGCCCACCGUCACAUGGAACUCUCAGCGAAUCCUCAGGUGGGCAGGGAAGUCCACUUAACCAGAGUACAGGAGCCGGCAACAACGAUAACCCACAAGGCAUGUCAAGCAUGUCCUGGAAGUGAUCAAUUUUUCGUAACUCCAGCAUUAUGUAGUUACGAAAGAUUAAGAAUCUUCAGGCCGCCAGUUGUAGUUUCAGCCUUAUGUAAUCUUAGUAUAAUAAGGACUCUAGAAUACUUUACAGUUUGACCAUUUAGGAUAUGGCUGGCUGAAAGUUUCAAGCAGGUUAUUUGAGGUGUUUGUGCCAUAGAGGAAAUUAGAUUGAGGUGUGUGCGUAAUUGGUAGGAUUAGGAUGAGUUGUUGAUCUAGUUCAUGUUUGGCUUGUUGUAAUCGUAGUACAGCUUUGCUGAGGCACUGUUCUCUAAAUGAUAAAUGGUAAUUGGUGUGGUUUC